UCGUGGUUCCAGCCGGCCAUCGACCGCUACGUCGACCUCCUCAGCGAGGAGUUCAACAAGGUCCGCCCGUCGACGCCCGUCUCGAGCGCCCCGUCGGCGCCCGUCGUCUACAACACGUACCAGUGCUACCUGCGCGACGCGCCGACGCGCAUCGCCGCCGCCCUCGCCCACGCCGACGAGCACGGCUACUCGUUCGGCGCCAAGCUCGUUCGCGGCGCGUACCAGGAGUCGGAGCGCGCCCGGCACCAGAAGCUGCCGGCGUUCGAGUCCGGCGUGCCGUGCGUCGUGUGGGGCUCGAAGGCCGAGACGGACAAGUGCUACGACGAGUGCGCCGCCCUCCUCGAGAAGCGGCUCGUGCAGGACCUCAAGAAGCAGGGCGACCAGGCGGUCAACCAGGCCGGAGUCGGCGUCGUGCUCGCGAGCCACAACGGCACGAGCAUGAAGCGCUUCCUCGAGUCGCUGCGCGACGACGGGCUCGCCAAGGAGGAGGGCGGCAAGCUCGCCGUCGACGAGCGCCUGCGCGGUCGCGUCGCGUUCGGCCAGCUUAUGGGCAUGUCCGACAACCUCACCCAGACCCUGAUCGACCUCAUCCACCCCUCGUCCGACCCGGCCGCCGCCCCGCUCGUCGUCAAGUACAUGCCUUACGCCUCGCUCGAGCAGGGCCUGCCGUACCUCGUCCGCCGCGCCAACGAGAACCAGAGCAUCCUC